UCUUCUCUUCUCUUCUUCUCUUCUCUUCGUUGUUCUGUCUCUCUCUUCCUGCUCUUCUUCUUCUUCAUCUUCUUCUUCCUACUCCUCCUCCUCCUCCUUUUUCUUGUUAUACCCUGCCUGGAGUCCUCCCAUCCCCCAAUCUUGGAAGUAUCAUACCUUCAUACAUCCCAUCUUCCCCCUCAACUACUCACUAGCUAACUAUUAUCAUAUCCCCCCCCUCCUCCUCCUCCUUCUCAUCCUCCCUUACAUAAUCCCCUCUCCCCUUUCUGCCUCAUAUCGCAUCACCACAUCACCACUCCACACUCCCCCCUCCAACCCACCGCUAUCACUACCGUCAUCUCCUCUACCAUCUUCUCAACAAUCCUCGUCGUGGAUGCCUGGUUCUUUCCACGCCCCCGGAGGGUCUUGCUGCUGACUCAGUGAUUCCCUUCGUGCUGCCGCGAUUCCCGUUUUUGUGUUUGCUGUCCAUGUCUCUUGUGGAAGACAUAACACCACAGCCAUAGCCGUAGCCCAACCACAACCACAACCACAACCACAACCAUCACUUCCAUUCCACAAUGUCCGCCCAUCCACAACCGUCACCCCCGGGCGGCAUCCAUCCACAUCAUGGCGGCCCCGGCACUGGCCCCGGCCCCGGUCCCGGUCCUGGGCCUGGGCCGCUCUCUACCACCCAUCCCCAACAACAACAACCGCAACCGCAGCAGCAGCAGCAACAGCAACAACAGCAAGUCAACGGCCUUGUCGCUGUCCAACAGCCACAGCCUCAGAAGCCUAUUCCCAACCCCAUCAGUCAGAAAAUCGCUAUGCUCAAUGAAGGCGUCUGGCUGCAAAUUGGGAGUUUAUCUGAACUGAUGGGCGAUCUGGAUGGCGCAAUGAGUGCCUACGAACAGGCUCUACGGCAUAAUCAAUGGUCAAUUCCCGCGAUGAGCGCUAUAUCCUGCAUCCUCCGUACCCGAGAACAGUUCCAAAAGGCCAUUGAGUAUCUGCAGAAUAUCCUGAAAUUGGAUCCCACAAAUGGCGAAUCUUGGGGGAGCUUAGGUCAUUGCCAUCUUAUGAUUGACAAUCUACAAGAGGCGUACACCUCUUAUCAACAGGCUCUGUACCAUCUUAGGGAUCCUCAAGAGCCAAAACUGUGGUAUGGCAUUGGCAUUCUAUAUGACCGCUACGGCUCCCUCGACCACGCAGAAGAGGCCUUUUCGCAAGUCAUGCGCAUGCAGCCAGAUUUCGAGAAGGCCAACGAGAUUUAUUUCCGCCUUGGCAUAAUAUACAAACAACAACAGAAAUUCAAUCAGAGUCUGGAGUGCUUCAAAUACAUUGUCACCGACCCACCCCGUCCUCUCACUGAAGAAGACAUCUGGUUCCAGAUCGGCCAUGUCCAUGAACAACAAAAAGAUUACGACUCUGCCAAGGCCGCUUACCGGCGGGUACUUGACCGCGAUCCCAAUCAUGCAAAAGUAUUACAGCAACUCGGAUGGCUGCACCACCAACUGAGCAACAGUUACAGCAGCCAGGAACAGGCCAUUGAGUAUUUGGAGAAGUCUGUUAAAGCUGACAACAGCGACGCCCAGAGUUGGUACCUCCUUGGACGAUGCUACAUGUCUCAGGCGAAAUACCCUAAGGCAUAUGAGGCUUACCAGCAAGCUGUCUACCGUGACGGACGGAAUCCUACAUUCUGGUGUUCCAUCGGCGUGCUUUACUAUCAAAUCAAUCAGUACCGCGAUGCGCUCGAUGCUUAUUCCCGAGCCAUUCGCUUGAACCCAUACAUCUCGGAAGUAUGGUAUGAUCUAGGGACUCUGUAUGAAUCAUGCAACAACCAGACGAACGAUGCCCUGGAUGCGUAUAGACGUGCCGCUGAUCUCGACCCCACAAAUGCUCACAUUAAAUCUCGAUUGCAAUUGUUGCAAAGCGGCCAGGCAGGAGGCGCCAACCAGGCUACUGCCCCUGUUCCACAAGAUGUUAAUCCUCACACAUACCAAGCAGCUGGCGUGGGUAUGCCUCCAGGUCAUCAAUGGGGUCCUCCAGCGCCAAGUGGUGGCCCACUACCACAAGGUCCGGCCCCCCCCGGUCGCAUCGACAAUUGGGCUCGCGGUGUCAGCGAGGUUCAAAACGCUCAGGCACCACCACAACGCCCGGCUCCAUUUGAUCACCGUGAAGGUGUGCGGGGUGGUCCUCAGCAACCCAGCCCGCGACAGGACCAAGCACUUCCAUACCCCGACCAAGCUCAACAUCCUGGGCCUCGAAAGGGCGGACUCUCCCCAUCACCAAAGUUUGGCUUGGCUGCUCCCAAUUCAUACCAGGGCGCGCAAGCUCUGCCUCAGCUAGGACCUCCACCUCCACCUUCGCAGCAACAGCAGCAUGACCGCAAUGCGAGCAAUGGAAACUAUACCGCCGCCGGGCGACCACCACCAUUAGCCCAGGGAGCGGGUCCUGCGCCAGCUGCAGCCAAUGGCACCCCUUCAGGUCCCCAGCUAGCCCCCUAUGUUCGUCCAUACACCCCUCCAACUGAAGUACGCCCCAUUCGUGAUGAACGCCAAAGUUCCCCCGGAUCCUCGUAUCCACUGCCGCCGCCACACCAAUAUCACCCUGGACCCCCGGCCCCUGCAGCCAAUGCAGGUGUCGCACCACCCGCAUCCACCAUGAGUGCCGCCGAAGCUGCUACGCGCGACCGUGAACGAGAACGUGACGAACGGCCCCCAUCGUCCAUGAAACGAGGCCGUGAUUGGGAACCAGAGCAAGGACCCGGCCCUGUAAAGAAACUGGCAAACGAAGAGAGUCGUGCGCGGCUAGAUGAGCAGCAGCCGGUACCCCGGCGCAUGUCCCCGUCGUCAUCCCAGCUGCAAUCACAAUCGCAACCACAGCUCCCGUCGCCCCGAGACCUCCGCCGGCGGGAUUCCUCCGACACCCAGCAGCGCGAACGUGAACGCGAAGAUCAACAACGUCCCGUUCAUGGCCACGUACGUGGCGUGCAUGAUCCCUAUCAUCCAUCUGAGGCAGCGCAUCACGCGCCCACGCUCCCUUCCUUCCAGCAUAUGCAGGGUCAGAGCCAACCGUCUUCAGGCCAGCAGCAGCAGCAGCCACAGCCAGGCCCCGCGAUGGCCCCGAUGGUGGCUGAUGGGAGUAACGCGCAUCAAACGGGCCCACUGCCGUCGUUGCCGGCUGGUCUGGCUGUUGCUGCUGUCACUGGUUCGGUUAAGGAUGAGAGGGAGCGUGAGCGAGAUAGAGAUAGGGAACGGGAGAGGGAGAGGGAAAGAGAACGAGAACGGGAGCGCAAAGAGACGAUGCAGCACGAACCCCCAGCGCGAAAGAUGGAAGUUGAUGAGGAUUACGAUGAUGAUGGCGGGGAGGAGGAGAAGAAGGGUGCUGGAAGCGGAAGUGGGAAAGGCACUAGUCCGAAUGGAGGGAGUAUCUCAAAGGGUAGUGGCAGCGGGAGUAAUAACGGGGUUGCGAAUGGCGGGAGUGGGAGAGAGUCGCAGCAAGUACAGGCACAGGGCAAAGGGGAUGCGUCGAGUUAAGGAAGGAGAGAAAGGGUGGGUGAAAGUAUGAAGGGAAUAGGGGUAGGAUACUGUUUUGGGUUUGUUGUUGUUUUUGUUUUUGUUUUGUUUACACCAUCUGGGAUGGAUGGUGGAUGGGUUGGUAAAUGGAAUUUUCGCCCUCCUUGCUUUUCUUUUCCUUUCUCGUUUCUACAUCGGUACAGUAUUUUUUUAUGCGACUUUCUUUUGUGUUUUUGCUUGGAUUUUUUAUUUUAUUUUUCUUUCGAAGUCCAACUAACGCUCUGUUGCUGGUUUUGCAUUGUUCUUUUUCCUUUUUUUUCCUUUCUCAAAUUUAGAUUGAUAUCUCUAUGUAUAUUCCCCCCCCCCCUUUCCUUCCUUCUUUCCUUCUCGUGCUUGAAACCUGAAAACUUGACAUUGAAUAACAUCAUAAAAUAAGAGUAUAUGACUUAGUUUAGGUAGCCUUGGAUUAGCUAGAUAGUUGUUGACCUUUCUCGACACAAAGCAGAAUAUGAAUAUCAUGAGUAUGAAUAUAACAUAUGUGGGCCUACGUAAUUAUCUCAUUAUUGAAAAAUCGGGAAUUGAACGAGAGGUUUAUCCAAGACCGAACCAUGAAUGCACA